UUGAGUGUCAUUAGUCCGGCAGCACUGACACAGAGUCUCAAUUCUUUUUUGUGGUGGUUUGGUGUUCAUUUCGUACGCGUUUCGUGUCCAAUGAAACAAAUAAAUUAUAAGAAAAGAAUAUAAAAAGGUGAUCUACGGCACAACACCUAGUGGCGGAUUGGAGGCUGUGCAUCAAAGUUCGCAUUCAAGUGGCCCCAAAGUCUGCAGUCAAGAGUGGACAAUCCUCUACACACCCACACACAGAAGCGAGACUGCGUGUGUGUGAGGCGUGUGUGCUUCUGUGCGAGCAUUUCUCGUGCGUCUGUGUGUGUGUGUGUGUGUUAGUGCGUACUGUCGUCGUAGCAGAAGAGGAAGCAGCAGAAAGGAGCAGCAGCCAAAAGACGCAAGUCGCGAUUCGAUUCCCCAGUCGCGGAGUCCAGGCCGUAGCCGUAACCGUGAUAGAAGAAAAAAAAACCAGCGCAUCAAAAAAACCACAUACAACCCACACACACACCAACAUACACACAAAAACACAGUCAAAAAAUGCAACAGCAGCAGGAAUCGGGCGGCGAGGAAAGCUGGCUCGAGGAGCAGUGUCACCAUGAAAUUGACGGCCAGCAUGAUGAAUUCGAACGGGAGUAUGUGCGUCAGCGUGACAACAAUUUAGGCACCGUCUGGGGAGCAUUCCAGGAUUCGGCCACCGCUGUGGCCCAGCUCUAUCGCGAGCGCUCAUCGAACGCAUUUUCCUCAGACACAGGCGCCCUCUGGCUGCCCUUCCAGACCGCAGCUGGCACUGUGACAACACUUUACAAAGAAUCAUGUGAUGGUCUCAAGCGCACCAGCGAUGCUGCUGUACAGUGCGGAUAUCAACGUCGCACACGUGAGCUAGCAGACUGGGCUCGCAGCAAAAAACGUCGCAUGAUACGCCGCGAGGAUCUAUUGGCCUAUCUAGCCGGAAAACCGAUGCCGCCAUCCAACACAAAUCCACAUGCCAAUCGUCGGUCACCAAAACCAGAGCAUAACCAGGGCGGUGGCGGCGGACAUUUUUCGACCAGCGGCGGACCAGGCUCUGGCCUGGGCUUUCUUGGCUCUGGCCUGGAUCUGCCCGGUGGCCCACUGACAGGCGCUUCGGGACAGCCAACGCAUUUGUUGUCGCCAGCCGGAGCUGGCGCACAGGGCGGUGGUGGUGGUGGCGGCGGCUGUGCCCCAGGAGCCCCAGGCAUCGGUGAUGAUUUGCACACCUUCAAGGAGGCUUUGGUUUUGCGCCCACGUGGCCCGGAACUAUUUGCAUUUGUUGCCAAUGAAAUAGCGCGCCACUGCAAGCGUCCCGGCAGUCCCAUCGACGAUAAAAUGGAUAUAUGCCACUAUAGCAGUAAACGCCAGCGCUUCAUGUAAACCCAUCGUUCAAUAAGCCAUUAUCCCAUUAUCCCAAACAUAACAACCCAUCACCAACAUACCCCAACAGUCCACUGUUUAAGUCGUGAUCAGGAAGUGUAGUAAAAUCGGCAUUAUUAUUGGAUAGAAAGAAGAUUAACUAUAGAAGGGGGGACGAGUUUUGAAAACACACAAACGUGAAUGUUUAUUUUUUGUUUUUUUUUUUUUGUUUUUUUGCAAAUUCUAUUUGCAACAUCCUUCGCCCCACACACACACAAACACACUUGAACCAACUUAUGUAUAUGUAUGUGCAGACACUUACACGAGGUUAAGUUAGGUUUUAGUUGCUAGUUCUUAAACAAAACAUAAAAUACUACAAUGUCUGCAAUGAUUUUUCACACCGACGAUGCAAUGGUGCAACAGACGCAGAAUUUGUUGCACACAGCUGCUAUUUGUUCCGUCGAAACAGCUAUGGAAACACAGCUCUCUUGACGAAAAGGAAAAUGAAUUGAUUAAGAUGAAAUAUUUUUGGAGGCCAGCUGUGUGUCUAAUUUAAUUAAAUUUGAGCUAAGCGAGUAGAUAUUGUUGAGGCGGCGCAGGCAGGACUGUAGAUAAUGUAUUGUAAAAUACUUUUAGCGUGGAAAUGCAGCUGUGUAAAUAUCGUAACUAGAUACCCAGAAAAUCACCAACACCCCACAAAACAGAAGCCGAUUGAAAAGAAAAAAAAAAAAAAAAUUAG